AUGUUACUGAAGAGAAUAAUAAGUGUAAACCAUGUUGAAGAAUACAAAGUGCCAAAAUAUCGUGAGGACAUUGAUGAAGAAACACGUCGAAUUUGGGAGGAAGGUUGUGCCCCGAAGCCGAUCCUUGUUACCGAAAAUGAACCUGACAAAGAAGAAGAUCCGUUGGCCAACCUAAAAGGAGUGGCUGUUGAGGUUGGUCUUUUUUGA